AUGGCCGCAAAGACAUACUCGCUCCCCCCUCUUCCGUACGCGUACGAUGCUUUGCAGCCCGCCAUCUCCAAGCAGAUCAUGGAGCUGCACCACACUAAGCACCACCAGACCUAUAUCACGAGCCUGAACAAGGCUCUUGAGUUAUAUGCCAAGGCCCAGGCGGAGAGUAGACUGCAGGAUGCUGCGGCCCAGUUGCCAGCUAUCCGUUUCAACGGCGGCGGCCACAUCAAUCAUUCGUUGUUCUGGGAAGGUCUAGCUCCUUCUUCUUCUGGCGACUCGAGGAUUGAUGCUGUUGCUCCUAAGCUCGAGGCUGCUAUCAAGCGUACUUGGGGUACCUUCGCCAAGUUCCAGGAGGUCUUCGGUGCAGCUCUGCUAGGCAUCCAAGGGAGCGGCUGGGGUUGGCUCGUCAAGGAAGCUGUCACCGAUCAGCUUCGCAUCGUGACUCUCGCAAACCAGGAGGCGGUUGUCGUAGGUGACACUCCCCUCGUCGGCGUAGACAUGUGGGAGCACGCCUACUAUCUCCAAUACCUCAACGGAAAAGCUGCUUACGUUGACAACAUCUGGAAGGUGAUCAACUGGAAGACUGCCGAGGCGCGAUACACUGGAAGUAGGGAUGACGCCUUCAAAGCUUUGAAGGCUAACAUGUAAAGGUGAAUAACUCUCUAGUUGACGGGUAUGUGGUAGAUGAUUGCCAUAUACAUAUUAUUGGCUAAUGAAUCGAGAAACGUACCAACCACAUCACAUCCAUCGUAUCGCAUCUAACUGCGUAACGACGCCAAAAUACUGUGCGAAUAUACAUCGUUUUAACAAAUGCAUUCAAGCACCUAGACUUCUACUUUACUCAUUAGCGUACCUAUAUGGAAGUUAUCUUUAACUAAAAAUUUAAGGAUACCUGCCUUAGGUAUACAUCAUGCCUCUGCGGUUUUAUAUAUGGCGUAAAUCUAUUACGAUAGAGAAAAGUCACCUUAAAUAAGGGGGAAAGUACAUAUGUACCUCCUAACCUAGAAUCUAGAAAGUGCGCAUCACAGUACAAUACCUCCUAGGGUAGGUACAAUACGAUGUACCUCAGGUAGUCCCUACUGCCGUGUAACGUUAGAUCGCCUUUAGUGGCGCCCCACGUAAAA